UUACAUCACAAACAGAUGAGUCAGCAGAGGGACGGGCUCACACCCUUGAGUCACUCCAGGAGCAGACAAACAAACACAACCGACCAAACUCUCAUCUGACAGUUACGGAAGUGUCAACAAACCUAAACUCUGGUCGGAAUAAAAUAACAAAUUCAACUUUAUUCCACGAAGAAACAGCUUAACUAUCAGUACGAGGAGGAGGUGAAGUGAGUUACUGUCGGGACUGGACGGUAUGACUGCGGACAGAGAGGAACAGGAAGACGAACUGCUCGCUCUCCACAGUAUCUUUGAUUCCGAUGAAUUCUUCCGGGAUGAGUCGAAGUUUUCCGGAGAAAUCCGAGUGUCAGUCGAGCUGCCUUCGGACUUUACUGUGGUUUUAAACGAAGGCGAAACGCUGAGGCAGUAUGAGAUAUCAUUCCUCCCUCCUCUGUGCCUGACCUUUGAACUGCCUGAGGACUACCCAUCCUCCUCCCCCCCCUCUUUCUCCCUCACCUGCAGCUGGCUGACACACAAACAGAUCCCUUCAUUAACUGCUCAGCUCAUCGAUCUCUAUCAGGCCACUGGGGGCGCUGUGGUGCUCUUCACCUGGAUACAGUUUCUUAAAGAGGAUGCACUCAAGUUCCUGGACGUCCACUCUCUGCUGGAGCUUCCAUCACACGAGCAAAGCAUCGCACAGGACCUCUCUGCAACAUCCUCCAGAGCUGAGCAUCCAACAGGGAACUUUGCUGAAAGUCAAAAUCCUUCAACAUUAGACGAGAGCAGCAGAGAUUCUCAGGUAGCUGAGGAAUCAGGACAGAAUAACUCAACAUCACAGCACAGCAAAGUCAGGCAGACUGAUCUAAACUCAGACUCUAAUGAGGAGCCUCUGAUCCAAAACACUUUAACUGAUUCUGAUAAAGAUUCCUCUGAUGACAGGGAGGCUGACCAGACAUCUGAAAACUCAGAAUUUAAGUCGGUCUCAGAGCAUCUUCCAUUUGCUCAGUCUGAUCAAAGUAAUCAGGAAGACAUCUUUAAUGGGGAUUCUUCAGCCUCAUCAUUUCCCUCUUCUAGCUCUCCACACCCACUGGAUCAAACUGGACAAACCCCCUCUGGUCUCUCCCUGACUCCAUCACAAGCCCUCCUGUCCCAGCUCUUGAUCUACAACGCCACCCAGAAACAGAAAGAGUUUUCCACCACCGUCUUUGACUGUGACAUAUGUUUCGUCGGCUGGCUCGGUUCAGAGUGUGUUCAGCUGCUCGAGUGUGACCACAUCUUCUGCCGGGGCUGUCUCGGCGAGUUCUGCAAGCUCCAGAUAACGGAGGGGAACGUCGAGGGUGUCACCUGUCCUAAUGCAGACUGUCCUGCAACCCCUACACCUGCACAGGUGAAGAGUUUGGUCGGGGAGGAGCUGUUCAGCCGCUACGAUCGUCUCCUGCUACAGAAGACUCUGGACUCCAUGUCUGAUGUGGCGUACUGUCCUCGGCGUACCUGUGCAGCAGCCGUCAUUCUGGAUAAGUCCAGCAGGGCGGCGAUGUGCUCAGUUUGCGGCUUUGCCUUCUGUGUCGCCUGCAAAAAGACCUACCAUGGAACAAAGGACUGUCAGGAUCAGAGGAACACAAAGAAAGAGAUAAAAGAAGAACCCUCGCACCUUAAAGCAGCCCUGCCACAGACACAAGAGGGGAUCAAGGCCUUGUGGGACGACUAUCAAAGGGGCAGUAAGGAGAGGAAGCGGCUCCUGGAGAGCAGGUACGGCCGCCGUGAUUUGCUUGACACUGUGGCUGAAUGUCUGAGUGAGGACUGGAUCACUUUCAACAGCAAACACUGUCCACACUGCUUCUGCAGGAUAGAGAAAAACGGUGGUUGUAACAUGAUGCUUUGCACAAAGUGCAGACAGAGGUUCUGCUGGGCCUGCCUCACCAGACUGCAGUCAGCUAGUGCAUUCGAACAUCCAUGCGAGCCACAACCUUAUGGAUACUCAUGACUAAAUGUAGACCUUCUGCUAUGUUUUCCACCAGCCACAAACAGAAUGGUGUUUGCAAAAUGUGCACUUUUGGUAUGCAUGCUACAGUGCAGACAGAGGUUCUGCUGGGCCUGCCUCACCAGACCACCUACAUGUGGUGCGCGUUCACACUUCAGUCAGUCCUCUGCUACUUUUCUACCAGCCUCAAAGGGAAUGGUUUCUUUAAAAUGUGCAUGUGUAAUGCUUAUUUCAAACGUGUUAGACUUUGAAUUGCACUUUUAUCAAGCUCUCUACAACAGAGCAGGUUCUGAUAAAGUAUGUAAUUUAAAAAAAGACAAAACACAUCUCAACACUAAACACACAAAACAAAAACUCCAUUAUUUUUCUACUGCCGGGCAAAUUAAGUAUCAUAGGCCCAAUUAAUUCCAAAAUAUAUGUUAGUAUCAGUGACUUCUAACGGGCCCAUGUGUCAUACUGUUAAACUGUUGUGCAAUAAGCAGAGGGUGCUAAAUAACAAUAGAAAAACAGCUUGGUCACACUCUGCGGUUACUUUAAGAUAUCCUCUUCUUUCUUUUUUUUUUAAAUAUUUAUUUUUGGGCUUUUUGUGCCUUUAAUUGUAGAGAUAGGACAGAGUCAGAAAUUAGGGAGAGAGAGAGAGUGGGGAAUGACAUGCAGGAAAGGAACCUGGGCCGCCUGCUUGGAAGACCACAGCCUCCGUACAUGGGGCGCACGCUCUAACCACUGCACCACCAGCGCCCCAUAUCCUCUUCUUUUUUUGUGUGAAGAAAUUCAGUUUUCAUUCAUUUCAAACAUCCUUUAAUUUUUCCAUUAUAUGAAAAACAAACAAGUGAAAUAUGUGUGAUAUGUGUGCAGCUCUGGAUGAUGAAUCAUCUAUAAGAGAAUAUUGCAAUGUGUGUGUUUUAUUUUGUAAAGUCAGAGCUUUUAUCCCAAAACCUAGCAGUCGAUUAAAGUUCUGUUUGACUCAGCUACCUGAUAUUCAUUUGAUGAAUUUGUUAAUUCUUUGUUCCCUUAAAUCAGUAAAAAGUGUAAAAAUGUCCAUCAGAAGUUCCCUGAGUCUGUGCUGCUGUCGUCAAACGGCUUGUUUUGUCAACCAAACUUUCUGAAAUACAAACAUAUUAACUCUAUCUACAAGAUAUAUUUUACAUUAUCAGCUGAGAUUUAUACGGAUUCUGUUGAAUUAUUAAAUAAUAAAGAAAUCAUUUGUUAAAGCAGCAGAGUCACUGAACUGUCUGACAUUUAGAUGCAUAUGAAAACUUUUGUUAAAAAUAAAUCUUACUUACAGCGUGUUGUUCAGGAGUUUUAUCUGUGCAAUGUACCUUUACCAUUUUAUUGUUAUAAAGAAUGUUAUAAGACCAAAGUGGGUUUUAAAACUAUCUUAAUAUAAAAUAUGAAUACAUUGUGACGUAUGUAUAAGAGGUUAAAUAAACUUCACAUGGGACUGUAAUGAAAGUGGCUUUGUGUGUUUUUACUUUACACUGUUUGUACAUAUUUAAUAUAUUUUACAAUUAACUUUUCAACUUUGUUGUUUUCUUUAUUUCUAUUAAAGUUUUGUAACAGAA